GUCUGCUGUCUGCUACCCAGCUGAUGGAAACCAAAACCUUCAUUCAACAUUGACUUGUGCAGCCAAAACACCUAAGUUUAUCAGAGGAACGGUCCCAGUGGUUGGGAUCUUGCCACCAUGGCCACAAAUCGAGGUCUUGUUGCUUUAGGCAACUCUUGGAGGCUUUCACGCAGCGUCGGCGACGUUUCCAAGUUCAACAAAACUCUGAUACGCUGCGCGUCUUCUAACCUCCCUUCUGACAAAGUUACACACACUGGACAAGUAAGCCUUUCAUGGGAAGAGGACGACUACAGGAUGGCGCGCUUUGUUGGCAAAACCAAAUUAGUAAAUGAGAAUUGGGCUGCUAAGCUCAUCGACAGUGUUCCUCCAGAGAACAGGAAGGAGCGUGUUGUGUCUUGUGAUGGUGGCGGCGGCCCAACUGGCCACCCUAAAGUCUACAUCAAUCUGGAUAAGCCAGGAAAUCACGCCUGCUUAUACUGCGGCCUUCGUUUCCACAAGGAAGACAGUCACCACUAAUACCUAUGUUGUUUUUAGAUUUUUAAAUAGAAAAUGUUAUUUGAAAGUAAUCUAUCCGAUUGUGAACUCUUCUGGUUAAAUAAAUUUCUCAACUGAUA